AUGAGUAGUUUGAAGGAUACGGAGUUAUUAGAUCGAUUAAAAAGAUUAGAAGAUAAGUGUUUUAAUCGACGUGCGAAAAAGCGUCCACGUGUGGUGCGACCGUUAUCCUCCAGCUCUGAGUCAGAGAAUGAAGAGUACAGCGGACCAACUAUUUCCCCUUCGUUACGUGACGAGCCGUCAACACAUAGUCGUUGGCAUCUAGAAAACUUUACAGAGCCGGCAGAGAGAAAUUUGAAUCUCGAAUCAAGUUCCGAACGACAAAGCGAAAUCGUGGUACCCAUUGACCAAGAUGUCGAUCCGGAUGAUGAAAUCCUUUUUUGUCUUGGCAAAGACCCUAAAAAUACAAGCGCCGUAGAACAUGCUUUACAUCCGGAAUUGGCAGCUCGCUGGAAUAUUUGGUUAUCGGAGGGCAUCCCAGAAGAAUCCAAAAAAGAACUAAUAGGAAAGUACAGCGUCAAAGGAAACUGUAAAUUAAGUUCCCCUAAGCUAAAUGCCGAAUUGGAAACGCAUCUUGCAGAAUCUGCAAAAAGAAGAGACGUUCACUUCGUGGACACCCAAAAUCUCAUUGGCAAAGCAAUGGCGGCAUUAGGCUCCGCGAUCACAAUAUUGUUUAAAAACAAAGAGGAGGGAGUGGACAGGCUCCAGCUACUGGAAACCCUUUGUGAUACUGGCAAAUUGAUGGCUGAGGUUCACCACAACCAAUCGUUAGCCCGUAGGGCGUUCAUCUCUCCAGGACUAGAAAGAAACAUUAAACCAAUCUUGGAAAGAAACAAAAUAGACGACUUUUUGUUUGGGAGCAACUUAUCCCAAAAAGUUGAUGAAGCAAAAGCUAUUCAGAAGAAUAGUUUGCUCUUUAUUAACAAUAAAAAGAAUCCCCAACAACGAAUUAGCAAAAAUUUAAACUGGAAAAGCCCACCUGUUCGACGCAACAAUCAAUCAAGGGACAGUCAGGUGGGCUUCAAGACACAGACCUACAAGAACAACGCAAGCUUCCCUUAUCCAUCGAGAACAAAGACCAUGCCGUAUCCCAAAAGCAACCACGUGCGUUACCAGGUAGAAAAAAGGACACACCGUCAAUAUCGUCGUUGAAGGUAACGAAGAUAGCAGGAAACCUAAAGAAUUUUAUAACCCAAUGGAAAAAAUUAACUUCCGAUGAUUUUGUAAUCUCCUGU